GGGUGCCGCAGCGGAUGUUGCCUGCGCUUUCAAUCGGGAGCAGCGGCGUGUGCAGGACCGCGUGUAUGGGGCUGUGGAUCGGGCCCUCUCCCUCCAGGCUGCGGCAGAUGGGCGGCGUAUGCGGACGGCGAGAUCUUCGCCUGCACGGGAGGGCUGGCACGGGCAAAACCACUGUGGCCCUGGCCUGCGUCACUCGAACAUUGGAACUUGGCAGCAGCGUCCUACCAACCGCCAUGCCAGUCGGAUGCGAGCCAAGCUUCCAGCAGAUGUGGCGGUCAACACCUACCACGCCGCCUUCGGCUUGGACGAGAAAAUCGGAUCCAUAGCAGUCACCCUGGCGCAGUACAGCCUCAUCGUCAUCGACGAGGUGUCUCACCUGCAGUUGGAGCACUUCGAGCACGUGUGCAGGCUGUGGAACCAGGCUGACAAUGUCCCUGCCGUGCUCCUUGCAGGCGACGAGAUGCAGAUGGGCGGCUUCGGCGACAGGCGUGCCUGGCACAGCCCCAUGUGGGAACGCAUGGUCUACUGCAUCAAGCUGCAUCAGGUUUAUCGCUGCAAAGAUCCUGAGUUCAAUCAAGUUUUCAUGGAGCUGCGAGCCGACGGUGGCGGGCGUUCGCAAGCUCCUCAAGGCCCACCCGGACACCGUCAUUCUGACGUGCACCCGGCACGGUGCGCAUACCAUGAACGAGCUGGCCGCACGCUCUACCCAUCGGGUUCACCUCUGGUUGUGCUGCCCGCCGACGUGGACUCCAACCCUGACAACUACAGGGACGGACAGCUUUUGGAGAACGUGUCUGCCCUCGCGCCCUUGCGCCUCCCAAUCUACAAGGGCAUGCAACUGGUCUCGCACGCAACGUUCGCAAAGACGUCGACUACGUCAAUGGGAUGGUGGUUUCUUUCAACCCAGGCACGCAAGGCGUGGAGGUUCUCACCGCAACCGGCUUUCGGGUGA